AUGCGCCAACAACCAGACAACGUCAACUCCUCCUCCCACUCUCGCCCCUGCCGCAAAUCCCGUGACGACGGCUACCCCGUCACCGCCGAUCACACUGUCGUUGCCAGUCGCCAUCAGUCGCCGGCAUCACCCGCCCUGUCCCAACCCCUGCUUCCACCACAACGACCAGCACCGCUAACACCACGCAGUCUCCCCACUGGUGGGACGACGCCUGACGUCCCACCACCUGCUACUAUCACCAUCAGCAUACCUGCAUUUAACAAUGUGGACUCUGUCCAUAUUUGUACUCAUUGCGGUCGCACAUUUAUAUCACACAUCGGCCUGGUCGAUCACUUGCGAGUCCAUCGCACAGAGACUGGCGAACCAGUGCCUGGUGCAGCAACCUACACUCGUCGCAUCCGCCUCAACUGCCCUCACACAUUCAGACACCCCAUGGGCCUACUGGGUCACAUGCACAUUCAUGAAAACCUGCGGCAGACAACCGCCGGUUACACUACACUAUCACACUUUUCCCCACCAGCACUCGCACCACACCACCACACAAAUCGCAACGCCAUGCACUCAGAUGCCACCUCGCCGCAUGCGUGA